UCUCUCUCCCGCUCAACUACGCUCUCCACUUUCUGCUUACCUUAUUCACUGACGCUUGGAAUUCUUUGUUGGUUUCUUCGGUUGUUAUUUGCUCUUGCUCUGCAAUUGUAACCGUUUCACACAAUGUCUCGCCGUGGCGGUGGUCGCCGGCAGGAUUCUCGCCGAGACCAGCAAUCAUCAUCUCCAUCUCCUUCGUUUCAGCGGGGUGGUGGGGGCAGUAGAGGUGGAAGAGAUGGCAGUGGACGUGCCGGCCGCGGCUAUAAUCCGGCUCCAACUUUCACUCAAGCUGCUCCUCCACAGGCUUCGGCCUUCCCUCCAAUAUCUCGUUCUGCGGUGUCUGCCUUCCCUACUUCUGUUGCUCCGAGUCCGACUCCUGAAGCUGUGGUUUCUUCGAUGAGAGCACCGCUGUCUCAGGCAGCAGCAUCGAGUUCGGCGGCGGUGGACGAGCUGGGACGAGAGAUGGAGCAGAAACUGACAACUGGAGAUCAGGUGACCAAGGCUGGAAUGCCACCGGCGUCGUCGAAGGCCGUUCGUUUCACGCCUAGGCCUGGCUAUGGGACUGCCGGCAAGAAGUGUGUGGUUAAGGCUAAUCAUUUUUUAGUCGAAAUCGCAGACAGAGAUCUCUGUCAUUAUGAUGUCACUAUAACUCCUGAAGUAACCUCAAAGAAGGUAAACAGGGAUAUAAUAUCUCAGCUUGAUAGUAUGUAUCGUCAGUCACACUUGGGCAACCGAAGGCCAGCUUAUGAUGGCAGGAAAAACCUCUAUACAGCAGGGCCUUUGCCUUUUGAAUCUAAGGAAUUUGUUGUUAAGCUGGUUGAGGAGAAUAAUGGUGCUGGUUCUUCUGGUUCAACAAGGAGGGAACGCCAAUUUAAAGUGGGAAUUAAAUUUGCAUCUAAGUUUGACAUUCAUCAUCUGCGGCAAUUUUUAAGUGGUAGACAAAUGGAUGCUUCACCAGAAACCAUACAAGUUCUUGAUAUUGUUCUUAGGGAAUCACCAUCCAAAAAUUAUACCACUGUUGGGAGGUCAUUCUUCUCACCUAAUUUGGGGCCGAGGGGCGAGCUUGGUGAUGGUAUAGAAUUUUGGAGAGGAUACUAUCAAAGCCUUCGCCCAACCCAGAUGGGACUAUCUUUUAAUAUUGAUGUGUCCGCCAGAUCCUUCUUUGAGCCAAUUAUGGUGACUGACUUUGUAGCCAAAUACUUUAGGGUGAGAGACAUGUCAAGGCCUUUGUCAGAACAAGAUCGUAUUAAGGUGAAAAAGGCCUUAAGAGGAUUAAAAGUAGAGCUAAUUCACAGGGAGAAUAAUAAAAGGUGCAAGAUCACUGGUGUAUCCAAUCAGCCACUGAAUCAAUUAUCCUUCACUCUUGAUAAUAAGCAUGUGUCGGUUGUUCAAUAUUUCCGUGAGAGAUACAAUAUUGGGAUUAAAUAUACAUCUUUGCCUGCCCUUCAAGCUGGGAGUGAUUCGAAACCCACUUACUUGCCUAUGGAGGUAUGUAGAAUUGUUGAAGGACAGAGGUACUCAAAGAAAUUGAAUGAAAGGCAAGUAACUGCAUUGUUAAAAUCAACUUGUCAACGCCCUAAUGAGCGGGAAGAUAGCAUUAAGCAGAUGGUUGCAUGGAAUGAUUACAGCAGAGAUGAGCUUGUAAGGAAUGAAUUUGGAAUUCAAAUUAAGGAAGAGCUUACAUUCAUUGAUGCUCGAGUUUUGCCUGCUCCGAUGCUUAAAUAUCAUGAGACUGGAGGUGAAGCAAGGGUUGAUCCUCGCUUAGGACAAUGGAAUAUGAUCAACAAGAAAAUGGUGAAUGGUGGGAGGGUGGAAUUCUGGACAUGUGUUAACUUCUCUUUGCAGGUCAAUCGAAAUUUGCCUGUUGAAUUCUGUAGGCAAUUAAUUCAGAUGUGUGUCAGCAAAGGAAUGGGAUUCAACCCAAACCCUAUUCUUCCUAUACAGUCAGCUCAUCCCAGCCAAAUUGGAAGUGCUCUUGCUGAUGUUCACAAGCAGUGUACUGCAAAACUUUCAAAUGAGAAGAAACAGCUUCAAUUGUUGAUAAUCAUUCUACCUGAUGUUAGUGGCUCAUAUGGGAAAAUUAAACGAGUCUGUGAAACAGAAUUGGGAAUUGUCUCUCAGUGCUGUCAACCAAGGCAGGCAGCAAAGCUAAGUAAACAGUAUUUUGAAAAUGUUGCCCUCAAAAUCAAUGUUAAGGUUGGUGGUCGAAAUACUGUGUUAAAUGAUGCUAUUCAAAGGAGGAUUCCUCUAGUGACUGAUGUUCCUACAAUUAUUUUUGGUGCUGAUGUAACACAUCCACCUCCUGGGGAGGAUACUAGUCCAUCGAUAGCAGCAGUAGUGGCUUCGAUGGACUGGCCAGAGGUAACAAAGUAUAGAGGAAUUGUCUCUGCACAGGCUCAUCGUGAAGAAAUUAUCCAGGAUCUCUAUAAAUCAUAUCACGAUCCGGAUAAGGGAUUAGUUCAUUCAGGAAUGAUUAGGGAAUUAUGUAUAGCAUUUAGGAGAGCUACUGGGCAUAAACCGAGCAGGAUUAUAUUUUAUAGAGAUGGUGUUAGUGAGGGCCAAUUUAGUCAGGUAUUGCUACAUGAGAUGGAUGCCAUACGAAAGGCUUGUUGUUCACUUGAGGAGGGAUACCUUCCACCUGUUACCUUCAUUGUGGUGCAGAAGAGGCAUCAUACACGACUUUUUCCUGUUGAUGGUGGUCAGACAGACAGAAGUGGCAAUAUUUUACCAGGCACUGUUAUUGAUACUAAGAUUUGCCACCAGAAGGAGUUUGAUUUCUACCUCAACAGCCAUGCUGGAAUUCAGGGAACAAGCAGACCUACACACUACCAUGUGUUGUAUGAUGAGAAUCGUUUCACAUCCGAUGGGUUGCAAGUUCUCACUAACAAUCUUUGUUACACGUAUGCAAGGUGUACUCGCUCUGUUUCCAUAGUCCCUCCUGCCUAUUAUGCCCAUUUAGCUGCCUUUCGGGCUCGAUAUUACAUUGAGGGUGAAACAACAGAUGGCGAAUCUUCAGGUGGUAGGAGUACAAUGGGAAGGAGUAGGGAAGUUCAGCCGCUUCCUGUGAUCAAAGAUAACGUGAAAGAUGUUAUGUUUUAUUGUUGAGGUUACAGCAUCCCAUUCGUGUUGCCUCUUGUUUUUGCACAAAUUGUCAACUAAUUAAUGACAGUUGAACUAAAAGAAACUUAACUGAUGCUAAGUGUUUUUUUAAGCAAAUGCUAAUUUUGAGUUUAACAUGCUAUCAUACUGCUUUUGGGUGUUGGGAUGGGAAAUGAAGCAAUUUAGUUGCUUGGACUGGAUACUCAAUUUCCUUGUAAUUACUAUUUUGCUUAA